AUGCAGAAGACUAAAGGAGACACAUUCGAUCUGAGGGCAGAAGAAGACGCAGCCCGUCGUCUCAACGUCGGCAAGUCAAUCAACGUCUCAUCUUCCAUAAGUGGUCUCAACUCUCGUGCCAAGAGGACUGAUCUGAUAGGAAAGGUAGCUCUGAAGGAGAAAGUAGAUGCUAUAGCCAAAGACCAUGGAGUCACCAUCGAUCCAGAAGUCUCACUCUACCUACUUUCAACAAUUGAAAACCGUAUCAAAUCACUAUUUUCCUCUGCUAUCAAAGCUCAACAACAUCGCACUCAAUUCUCUCACCUAUAUUUCCCACCUCUAACCAAACCAAGUCACACCGACAGCAACAAUGACAAUACCAACGCUGGUGGAAGUGGAAAAGGUGGAAGAGCAAUGUGGUCAAGUCGAAUCACCUCGGAUCCCUCUCAAGUCUUAGACCUAGUCAACAAAUCAUAUAGAGAGGAGGAACAGGAAUUCAGGAAAAGCAGAAUGAACAGAUUAGCUAAAGAAGCUGAAUUACAAAAAAUAAGAGAUCGUGCAUCUUCCCUUUCUCUCAAUCCUGACGACGGGGUGGGUGGCAGUGGACCAAGUACACCGAUAUCAAAACCUUCUCCAUCAUCCUAUUCGACCCCAGUUGCAGGUGGGUCAGGAGGUGGGACACCAAUGUUCGGUGCUAUUAGAGAAUCAACUACCAAGAGUGGAAGUUCAAGUUCGAAGAAGGGCAAAAUCAAUCCGCGAGAUGUAUCUGCCGAAGUUCAACAUAAGAUGGCGAACGCAACUGCCAUGCGAUCAGUAGGGAUGGGUAAGAAAUACGGUUGGAUGACUGGAAAUGUACCUAGUAUAUCUAGUCCCCUGGCUGGUGGUGGAAAUACAAGUAAGAAAAGGAAAUUAGAAAAAGAGAAAGAUAGAGAGAAGGAGAAAUCAAAGUUAUCAUCAAAUGUGACUACAAACUCUCCAAUCGACGGAGGUAGCAAUAGCAAUAAACAAACACCUGAACCUUCAACACCUAAUACCAAUACAUCCGAUAUCGAAAAAGAAAAAGAAAGACCAAACAAAAGGUCUAAACCUACUAUACGUCAACCUACUAGACGGUUGAUACUGGUAGAGAAAGAAGAAACAGAGGGCGGUGAUGUCGAAGAUAAGAAAGUGGAAGAUGAUAAAGUGCUUACACUGUUAGAUUUGGUAUUUGCGAUGGAACAUAAUGGAUUGGAUGGUAAGGGGAUAGGAAAAGAGGACGAAAUAUUACAGAAAGUUUGGGCGAGGAAGGGUGGUCCAUGGGGUGAAGAUGGAUGGGAUGGGAGGAAGUGA